UUUUUUUUUUCCAUAUAAUUUUUCAUUUUAUUUGAUGUUCAUAUACUUUCUCAUUUUAUUUGAUAUUCAUGUACUUUUCAUUCAGACAAUGAUAAAUUUUCCACCCUCCAAGAAUGAAUGAUUAUGAAACUUAGCUUGGAAUAAUAAAUUUCCACGCUUCAGCGUCUCUCUGUCUUCUUUUUUCUCAAAUCUUCCAGUUUUUUAAGUUUCAGGCAACGUAAGGAAUUAUGUUAGGGAUUGCGCGGAGAAAAGUUGUUCGUGGCGGUGUCUCGGUGAUAGGUCGACAAUUGCAGAGGAGUUCUGGAAUAUCUGCUUCUCCGUUUGGAUCUCAUGGCUAUGUUACAACAGCAAAAGAGAUUGUGCUUCCCAGACAAGGAUCAAAGCAUGUAAGGAUUGUUAAUUUUCCUGGGAGUUUGGGCUCUGCAACUAAUGUAACGUCACUCAGACAAGUUGGAUCGUGUUUGCCAACAAACUCUUCUAGGAAAACAUGGAAUAGGUCCUACUCAUCAGAUGAUGGUGAUGUCGUGGAAGCAGUUGUACCCUUCAUGGGAGAAUCAGUAACUGAUGGCACUCUGGCUGCUUUUUUAAAGCAUCCAGGGGACCGUGUUGAAAUUGAUGAACCAAUUGCUCAAAUUGAAACAGACAAGGUCACUAUUGAUGUUGCUAGCCCUGAAGCUGGAAUAAUUCAUCAGCUCGUAGCCAAAGUUGGUGAUACUGUAGAGCCUGGCACUAAGGUUGCAAUCAUUUUAAGAUCUGCUGAUCACGCACAUGUAGCUCCAUCUGAGUCACCCACCAGCAAGAAGGAAAAGACUGAUGAAUCCAAAAUAAAAGCCAAAGCAUCUCUUCAAGAGAAGCCCAUAUCGGAAGACUCUGCUCCCAAGGAGAAGCCAAAAGCUCCUUCUCCAGCAUUUACAAAGUCCUCACCUUCAGAACCUCAACUUCCUCCCAAGGAAAGAGAAAGAAGAGUCCCUAUGACAAGACUGAGAAAGCGAGUUGCAACACGUUUAAAAGACUCUCAGAAUACCUUUGCCAUGCUGACUACUUUCAAUGAAGUUGAUAUGACAAACUUAAUGAAGCUGCGCACUGAUUAUAAAGAUGCUUUUACUGAAAAGCAUGGAGUGAAGUUGGGAUUCAUGUCAGGAUUUGUCAAAGCGGCUGUCAGUGCACUUCAGAGUCAACCCAUCGUUAAUGCUGUCAUUGAUGGUGAUGACAUUAUAUACCGAGAGUACAUUGAUAUCAGUAUAGCUGUGGGCACACCUAAGGGUCUUGUGGUACCAGUUAUCCGAGAUGCGGAUAAAUUGAACUUUGCUGAGAUAGAAAAGGGGAUCAACGCUCUCGCAAAGAAGGCCAAUGAUGGAACAAUAUCUAUUGAUGAGAUGGCUGGAGGGUCAUUCACAAUAUCAAAUGGUGGUGUUUAUGGAAGCCUUUUAAGCACCCCUAUUAUAAAUCCUCCGCAAUCAGCAAUCUUGGGUAUGCACUCAAUUGUGAACCGCCCGAUGGUGGUUGGUGGUCAGAUAGUUUCGCGGCCAAUGAUGAAUGUCGCUUUAACAUAUGAUCACAGGCUGAUUGAUGGAAGAGAGGCUGUCCUCUUCUUACGCCGCAUCAAGGAUGUGGUAGAAGAUCCCCGGAGGUUGCUUCUUGACAUCUGAGAUGUGAAAGAAAUACUUGCUUUGUGAGUCGUGACAUCUAAGAUGCAAAAGACGCUCGAUUUUGUUUUUUACCUGUCAAAUUGAAAAUAAAUAUUCUUUUGUGAUCAUAAUUUUUGGGGUUUCUUCUACCCUGCCUCAAUUCUACAUACUAUGGGAAUGUAAGUUUGAGAUGAUUAUUUCCAGUUACAUGCAAAAGUACAGUACAUUUAUAACGGUUCGUGAUUUGAGUAUUGCUAACAUUA